UUUAGUUUUUCUUCCAUUUUUAUUGCCUUUGUUUUUCUUUUCUUUUGUAAGUGAGUAAUAUCAACAGGUGAUUCAGAUUAAUCUCAAAGCAUUACCAUACCCAUUCAUAUAUGGUGAAUUUUAAUCCUUUUCCUGCUUUCUUUGCCUCCGGUCAUCAACCGGAAAAUCUUCCUUUUUACAGUCCUCUUCCUGGCGAUCCCCUUGAAUAUCCGGCCUUUCAACGGCGACCCGUUAAGCGGACCCUCUUGAUUUCAUCUGGGCUUUUCUUGGUUUGCUUAUUGGUCGCCAUUAUUGUUCAGACCAACGUGAAUUUUGUUGCCACAUUGCCAGGACUUUUGUUCUUAAGGUCCCAGUCGCCGGAGAUAUUGCGUCCGGGGUCACGUGGGGUGUCGGCCGGCGUGUCGGAAAAGGCCAACCGGCAUUUUAUUGGACAGAAUGUCGCUUAUUUUCCAUGGAAUAACAGUAUGUUGUCAUGGCAGAGAACCGCAUUCCAUUUCCAACCAGAGGAGAAUUGGAUGAAUGAUCCUAAUGGUCCCUUGUAUUACAAUGGUUGGUACCAUUUCUUCUACCAGUACAAUCCACGUGCUGCAGUGUGGGGAAACAUUGUGUGGGGGCAUGCUGUGUCAACAGAUUUGAUUCAUUGGUUUCACCUUCCAUUGGCCUUAGUUCCAGACCAAUGGUAUGAUAUUAAUGGAGUUUGGACUGGUUCUGCCACCAUUCUUCCUGAUGGCCAAAUCAUGAUGCUCUACACUGGCUCCACAAAAGAGCAUGUCCAAGUUCAAAACCUGGCGUAUCCAGCCAACUUGUCUGAUCCUUUGCUCAUCAAUUGGGUCAAAUUCUCUGGUAAUCCAGUUCUUGUUCCCCCACCUGGCAUUGAUUUCAGAGACUUCCGUGACCCCACGACUGCAUGGUUCACAUCCGAAGGAAAAUGGCGGAUAGCGAUUGGGUCGAAAGUCAAUCGAACUGGGAUCUCUUUAGUGUAUGAUACUGAGGACUUCAAACAUUUUCAGUUGUUGGACAAUCUGCUUUGUGCUGUUGCUGGUACUGGAAUGUGGGAAUGUCUAGACUUCUUUCCUGUAUCUAAAGCUGGGAAUGUUGGGUUGGAUACUUCAGUUAAUGGACCUGACGUGAAGCAUGUUGUAAAGACAAGCCUUGACGAUGAUCGGCACGAUUACUAUUCACUUGGAACAUAUGAUGAGAAGACUGCUACUUGGGUUCCUGAUGAUCCCAAGAUUGAUGUUGGGAUUGGCUUGAGAUACGAUUAUGGGAUAUUCUAUGCGUCCAAAUCUUUCUUUGACCAUAAGAAAGGAAGAAGAGUUUUGUGGGGUUGGAUUGGAGAAUCUGACAGUGAAUUUGCUGAUGUUCAGAAGGGAUGGGCAUCAGUGCAGGGAAUUCCAAGAACUAUAUUGUUUGAUAACAAAACUGGAACCCAUUUACUCCAAUGGCCAGUGGAGGAGAUAGAAAGCUUGAGGCAAAGAAGCCAUGCCUUCAACAAUUUGGUGAUCCAGCCAGGAUCGGUGGUACCCCUUGAAAUUGGCUCAUCAUCUCAGCUAGAUAUUUUUGCUGAGUUCGAGUUGGAUAAGGAGGCUGUCGCAAAGGCAAUCGAAACCGAUGUAGAAUUCAGCUGUCAAACAAGGGGUGGAGCAGCUAACCGUGGCGCAUUGGGACCAUUUGGUCUUUUGGUACUUGCAGACGAGAGCCUCAGCGAGCAUACUCCAGUCUACUUUUAUGUUGCAAAAGGCCAAAAUGGUACUCUCAAGACUUUCUUUUGCACUGAUGAAUCAAGAUCCUCGGAGGCUAACGACGUUUUCAAGCCAAUUUAUGGAAGUUAUGUUCCAGUACUAGAGGAUGAAAAGUUCUCCUUAAGAAUACUUGUUGAUCAUUCAGUGGUAGAAAGUUUUGCUCAAGGUGGAAGAACUUGCAUCACAUCAAGAGUUUAUCCAACAAAAGCGAUCUACGGUGCUGCUCGGCUCUUCGUGUUCAACAAUGCUAAGGAUACGAAUAUUACAGCCUCCCUCACAAUAUGGCAGAUGAAUCCUGCAUUUAUACGCCCAUACCACCCCGAUGACCACCGCAACUCAUCCAAAAGUUCUGUGGUGUUGUUACCAAUCUACCUGUUCCUAUUAGUUUCAUUGUUGCAUCUGAUUAAAUGAGAUGUGCAAGGUUGAGUCGAGACGAGUCCGGCGUGAUGAAAUUCUGCAGAGAAGAAGUGUUAUUUGUACAUAUAAUUGAUGUUUCUAUAAUUUCUAUAUUUAAGUAGUGAAAUGAAAUUCAUUUGAGAGAUGAUGAAGAGAAUAGUGUUUUUUGUUUCUUAUAUGUAGAUGUUAAAUAUGUCACAUUCGUUGAUAUACUUAAUAUGAUAUAUUCAAGGCAUGAAUGUUUAGGAAUAAAAUGAUUAUAUUCUUAAAUCUUGACAAAUUGCUUUGACUUUCUGCUCCCUUUGAAA